AUGGCCCUCUCUGCAGUGACGUCGUUCUACGCCUCGCUCCCCCCUCUGGAGCCCCCUGCGUCGUGGGGCUGGGAGCUCGACUCGCGGACGUCAAAGUGGUUCCUCAUGGACCCGUGGCAGUACCUCACCGUUGUGCUGGCGUACAUUGUCAUGGUGGUGGUCGGUCCGUGGCUCAUGGCCUCCCGCCAGGCCUUUGACCUCUACUACAUCCGUCUGGUCUACAAUGCUGUCAUGGUUGUCCUCUCUGGAUACAUGUGCUAUGAGCUCACCUACAACACCUUCUGGGCUAUUCCCGUCGAGCACAACCCUGCCGGCGAUCGUAUCGCCUCUGCACUCUGGCUCUACGCCAUGAGCAAGAUCCCCGAGUACCUCGACACGCUGUUCAUGAUUCUGCGCAAGAAGAACAAGCAGAUCUCGUUCCUUCAUGUCUACCAUCAUGCCUCGAUUGGACUGGUCUGGCUCAUCAAUGGGCUGUACUUCCCGGGUGGUGAUGCGUGGUUUGCGGCGGCCUUCAAUGCCUUUAUCCACGUCCUCAUGUACUCGUACUACUUCCUCCGCACCAUCAACGUGCCGUGCCCGUGGAAGCGCUUCCUCACCGUCUUCCAGCUCAUCCAGUUUGUCUCGUUUGUUGCCCAGGGCGCCUACGGCCUCAUCAUCGGCAACCCGUACUACGGCAAGGAGAUCCUGGCAUUCAACAUGUGCUACGCCUUUACCCUUCUUGCCCUCUUCUACAACUUCUACCGCACCACCUACAACCGCAAGCCCAAGUCCAAGGCCCAACGGCGUACGGCGGCGGCGGCGAGAGCCACUCGCGAGCCUGUGGACCGCCCUGUCGUGGCGCGGUGUACGGCGUGGACGGUGACGGUGCCCGACGCGGCGUCGGCGAGCCUCCUCUCCCGCGCCGGCUACGGCCACGCCAUGUUUGAUCGUGCUCCCGGUGGCGCCACCCUGCCGCUGGCACGUGGCAUCAACCGCCGUCGCGCCAGUGGACACCACUCGCGCCCGCCAUCGGCCAUUCCCCUGGCCCCGGCCUCUGUCCCCACUCCCGAUCUCCCGCCGCCGUCACUCAAGCGAGCCCGGUCCGAUGCCGGCGCCUGCCACUUUGGCCAUGGCGCUGGCAUCGAUCCGGAUCUGGUCUCGCUGCUCCCUGUCCGCCGCUCAAAGCGGAGGCGGAAGUUGAAAGACGGCGACGGCGACGGCGGCAGCGGCGACUCGGGCGCAGGUGUGGGAACGCCGCCUCCGGCUGUGGCGGCCGCGCGGUCGGCGGCGACAUCCCCGGCAGGAUCGGCCGAGCCGUCGCCCUCAACAGCGAUGCUUGGAGCGGUCGCAGAGCCGCGACGGCUCCCCGCCGCCACCGUCAUUAACCCGCUGCAUCUCAUGCCUGUUGAGACCUUUUUCCUUGUCCAGGCGUUGGGAGUGAUGCAGGUUCGCGACGCCUCAUGUGGCGCGGCGCUGACGCCGGCUGCACUGUGGCGCCGGUUCUCAGCCCGCGAUCGCGACUUUGCGCGCAAGUACGCGGCAUACCACUUCUUUCGCUCGCGCGGUUGGACUCCGCGUGACGGGACCCAGUUUGGCUGUCACUUUGUGCUCUACCAGCUCGUCCCGGCUGCCCACCACGCCCAGUUCUGCGUCCGAAUCCUUGCCGGCGACUCGGAUCCAUGGUCCGCAAAUUGGGUGUCGAUCAAGGCUCUCCAGCGCACCGCCUCGCUUGCUCACAAGCAGAUUCUCCUCGUCCAGGUCACCUUUCGCCAUGGCGCCUCCCUCGACGCCAUGUCCUGCCUCCGCGGCGCCACCGUCCAGACCGUCCGCCUUGGCCGCUGUCGCCGCGCCGAAGAUCUUGAGCGGUUCAUGCCACAGCUACCGCCACCCGCACCCAAGAUCAACGGGAGUAAGGGCAAAGCCAAGGCCAAGGGAAAGGGCAGCAAGAGCAGCACUGCCAGCUCCACCAACAAGCAUCGAGUCGGCUAGCCGUAGGCACCGAUGCCUUUGCCACCACGCCGACCAACUCCACGGCCACCCUAGCCCACCGCCGUCAUCCCCAUGCCCCCAAUGCCAUAAUGCCCGCAUUCGCCCGCAGUGCCACCGACCGAAACGACCAACCACCACCA